UCAAACCUUCCAUCAAAUCAAAGCUUCAAUUCGAACCCAGAAAAGAUUUUCUUGUCCGCCCAUCCAUGGCGAUCGUCAGGGAAGAUGGGGUUUCAUUAUCAACGGUGGAUGCGGCGCCAAGUCACUUCAUGCUCAAGAUUCAAUCCGUGUCGUUGCUUACACAGUACAAAAUAGAGAAAUACACGUCGGCUCCGUUCGAGGCCGGAGGCUACAAAUGGAAGUUGAUUUUCUACCCAAAUGGGAACGAACGCAAGCGUGUAACGGACCACAUAUCUAUGCACCUAGCGGUGGCGGACACCGCCGGUUUCCAACCCGGCUGGGAAGUCCACGCCGUCUUCCGCCUCUUCUUGCUUGAUCAAAACAAUGACACCUAUUUUGUCGUUCAAGAUGCAGAGCAAGGAAAAGGAAAGCGAUUUCGUGGGACGAUGAGGGAAUGGGGAUUCGACAGAUUCAUCUCUCUAACAACGUUCAACGACCCUUCAUACGGAUACGUGGUGGACGAUGUAUGCGUGGUUGGCGCAGAGGUUUAUGUCCACAAAGAAUUUAAAUUCCCAAAAGGGGAAACAAGAUUCCCUAGAGGAGAAUCUUUGUCAAUGUUUAAAGACCCCGACCCCGCCAAGCUCAUCAACAAGAAAAUUGAUGAUUUUUUUGCCCCAAAGCACCAUUACAAUGAUACAACCCAAGACCUGAACGAGCCGCGAAGGUCAACUCGCAUUCCUAAGGAAAGGAAGGAUGAAUCAUACCACGAGUUUCCCUUCCAACAAUGGAAAAUGCGGGUAUAUCCAAAGGGAAUGGAUGGCAAGGGCACCCACGUGUCCUUAUCUUUACAUAUGGUUUUAGGUAAUGAAGCCAAGGAGCAAGCCCCUUCUCGCAUAUAUGCAGAGUUCACACUGCGUUUAAUCGAUGAUCGUCGUCAUCAGAAAAAUUAUACCAAGAAAGAAACUCGGUGGUUCAACCCCUCCACAGCUUCUUGUGAAUGGGCAGAGUUUAUAGAUAUGGAUUCUUUCAAGGCAAGAUUUUGGUCGUCGUCCAAGGACAAAUGCACCAUAGAUGCUGAAGUUAGAGUACAUGGGGAGACUAGACCUCUUCAUUAUUCUUGACCAUGCAUAUAAGCCAAAUUCAAAAUGAAGACUAUAUUACAAUCUAAUUAUCUAUUGUUGUGUAAAAUUAUUGAGAUCUUGAUCAGAUUUGAUCUUUCAUGUUAUGUAUAAGGUUAUCAUUUUGCUUGGCACCUCAUCCGAAUAAUAAAACAACGUUUUCACUUGAGUGU